UCACCACCCGCUGAAGCACCCCGCUGUACCAUACCUGUACUGUACCUACAGCUUGCUGCAGCUACAGCUACCUGACUGGGUUCCCCUCCAUCCCCCCUACCCGCCCCUCUUUCCCAGCGCCAGUACGUGCUGCACUGCCGCCAACCAACAACGUGGUGCCUUUUUUCGUUUUUGACACUUUGCGCCCACCCACCACCAACCAACCGCCUUCACAGCCUUCUUUCCACGGCCUCGUCUUCGGGUUUCUGCCAAUUUCUUGCCUUAAACACCUCACUUCACCCACCCGUCCUGCUUUUUCUGUUUUUCUCUUUUCUUUACGCUCGCCCAUAACUUCUCUCUCCAUCUUUCACUCUCCCGCCGCUGUCUCUGCUUGCCCGCCCCUGCAGCUAGCAAACAGCACCAGCACAACCAAACACCCCUCUUUCGUCCCGUUAGUCGCUAGCCGCCCACCAUGUCCGAUCUCCAGGGCCGCAAGGUCUUCAAGGUCUUCAACCAGGACUUUAUUGUCGAUGAGCGAUACACGGUUACAAAGGAGCUUGGCCAAGGUGCCUAUGGUAUUGUCUGUGCUGCCGUCAACAACCAAAGCAACGAAGGUGUUGCCAUCAAAAAGGUCACCAAUGUCUUUAGCAAGAAGAUUCUCGCCAAGCGCGCCCUGCGCGAGAUCAAGCUGCUCCAGCACUUCCGUGGCCAUCGCAACAUUACCUGCCUCUAUGACAUGGAUAUUCCCCGCCCAGACAACUUCAACGAGACAUAUCUCUACGAAGAGCUGAUGGAAUGCGAUUUGGCCGCCAUUAUCCGUUCUGGCCAGCCUCUUACCGACGCCCACUUCCAAUCCUUCAUUUACCAAAUCCUCUGCGGCCUCAAGUACAUCCACUCCGCCAAUGUCCUCCACAGAGAUCUCAAGCCCGGUAACCUCCUCGUGAAUGCCGACUGUGAGCUCAAGAUUUGCGACUUUGGUCUUGCUCGCGGCUUCUCUGUCGACCCCGAAGAGAACGCUGGUUACAUGACGGAAUAUGUUGCCACGAGAUGGUACCGCGCCCCAGAAAUUAUGCUCAGCUUCCAAAGCUACACCAAGGCCAUUGAUGUUUGGUCUGUUGGAUGUAUUCUUGCCGAGCUUCUUGGCGGCCGACCUUUCUUCAAGGGCCGUGAUUACGUCGACCAGCUCAACCAGAUUCUUCACAUUCUCGGAACGCCCAACGAGGAGACCCUCUCUAGAAUUGGCUCUCCCCGCGCCCAGGAAUACGUUCGAAACCUGCCCUUCAUGCAGAAAAAGUCCUUCCCUAGCCUCUUCCCUAACGCCAACCCCGACGCGCUCGACCUUCUUGACAAGCUCCUUGCAUUCGACCCCUCUUCUCGUAUCAGCGUGGAGCAGGCUCUUGAACACCCUUACCUGGCUAUCUGGCACGAUGCUAGCGACGAGCCCGACUGCCCCACGACCUUCAACUUCGAUUUUGAGGUGCUUGACGAUGUCGGUGAGAUGCGCCUAGUCAUUCUUGACGAGGUCCAGCGCUUCCGCCAGCUUGUUAGAACAGUGCCUUCUGCAGGCGGUGCUGGACAGAACAUGCCUGGCCAACAGGUGCCACCCAACCAGAUCCCUAUGCCCCAGGCUGGCCAGUGGAAGGCAGAGGACCCUAGGCCCCAGGAAUACAAUGGAGGCCAAGGCAACGGCCUGGAGCAGGACUUGGCGGCCGGCUUGGAUGCUACUAGACGAUAAAUCGAACGACGAAUGAUGAUGCAUGGCAAACUCUAGCCAGAUGAAAUGAUGCACAUUGGCCAACCACAUGAUGCUCACCUUUAUAAGUUUAUUACAUUUGACCGACAGUUGUUUCCAAAAGAUGGCGGCGCUCACGGUAGCUUUUGCUUUCUGUUUUCUCCUUCUUUUCUCAUUCAUUCUUUUUCUUGGACAUUGACGGUCCAUAAGCGGCCUUGGAAGCAGUUUUUAGUUAACAAUAAAAAAUAUAUUUACGAAAUAGCAUCAAAUAAGAGUCUGUGAAAUAAUCAAUUUUAAGGCAUAAGAAGGGAAAC